AUGUCUACCCGUUUCGAAGAUCUUCCGAAUGAAUUAAUCUUGAAAAUAUAUUCUUAUACUAGAAUUGACGAUUUAGCUUUGGCCUUUUGGAACUUGAAUCAACGUUUGAAUGAUUUAAUUCGCUCAUUGAAACACUUGUCAUUAAUUCUAGCCACAAAAACAGAAACAUUUGCUAGUCAACUGUUUUCCCAACAAAUUGGUCGAGUUGUUAUUCUAACACUGAAAGAUAUACAACUGAAUUCAUUUAUCAAUCUAAGUUCUCUGAUAUUAAACAUUGCUACUGAACAUCAUCUGAAGCAAAUUCAACCGGAUGUCGUACCGAAUCUUGUUUAUCUUUCGAUACCAAUUGCAUUCGAAUCACACGUGACCAGACACUUAGCAUCUCAACUCUUUUCGAAUCGAUUCCCAGCUCUUCGUUAUGCUGAUGUGAAUAUUGUCGACAUACCGCCGAUACUCUCAUGGUCACAAUCUCCAUCAUUGCAAUCUCUUCAUCUUUCAUCGCCAAGCAUAAAUAUUAUUCCUUUAAUACUUCAAUCAUGUCCUCAGCUGAUUCAUCUACAAAUUCGCAUGACUAAUCAACAGGAUUUCGACUCAUCGUUGACCGAGCUUCCUAGAACAAAUCAUCCGUUGAAGAAUUUUAUUUUUACACAAUACCCAACUUCGAAGUCUAUUUUUCAUAUUGCAUCACUUUUUCCUGUCAUACCCAACGUCAGACGACUCGAUUUUCAUCUGUGUACAAGUUCAUUUACGAAUUUAAUACAAUCGAUAUCGGAAUCAUUUCUACAAUUGAAUUGUUUUGAUUGCCAAAUCAUCGAGUAUCCGAAUCAAAUGCACAUAUCAAGAAAAGUCGUUUUGUCUUUACACGACAAAACAUCAUUGAAUAUGACAAAUCGAUUAGAAAAUUUACCAAAUGAAAUAUUAAUCGAAAUCUUUCAUUAUUUUGACGCACGAAGAUUAUAUCGAAGUUUCUAUAAUCUCAAUCAUCGUUUCAAUACUCUUCUUCAAUCCCUCACCCAUCUAUGCUUAAUUAUUUGGUCGCUUAAAGAUGAUCUCUACGAUGAUUUAUUUGCUUCACGUGUCCGAACACUGGUCGUGCAUUUCGAUGUUAUUUAUACACUUUCUCGAUACAUCAAUGUUCGCCAUUUGGUACUUUUUCAUUCGAAACACGAACAAAUCUGUCAAAUUAUGAACGAAGGAUUUCAUUUAGAAACGAUUUCGUUAAUCUCACCACGAUGUUUCUAUUCCACACUUGGCGUUUACGAGAUGAUCUUCUCAAACCAAUUUCCUCGAUUAAAAUUCUGCCAUCUAACUAAUGUUUAUUCUCCAUCUAUCGAAUUACGACAAUUAUCGUGGAGUCAAUCGCCAUUACUACGUUCUCUGCGUAUUUCAUCUCAUGAUUCACUUAUUCACGUGGCGAUCCUGAACGCUUGUCCAAAUCUGUCAUCUCUUAGUCUUUCGUUAUUUCAUCUAGAUCAAACGCCAUUGAAUGUGCAAUCCCAUCGGAAUUUGAAGAAGUUAAAAUUCAUCAUAAAUAAUCUUCGGUGGCCAUCAGAUGAGACAAUAUUCGAAACAUUUUUCUGCACGAUGCCUUGUUUAGAACGGUUGGUCAUUCAACGUUCAGCAGCAUUACCAGAUAUUCUCAAUGAACUUCAGCAAUUCGAUUGGCUUGCCAAGAUCAUUCUUCGUCGUUUACCACAAUUGAAGCAAUUUAUCUUCUAUUUACAAUUAGUAAAUACCAGUGUAAUGAAUCCAUUGGAUUUUAAUCAAUAUAUUUGUCAGAUCAAAAAGAAUUUUGUGGAUAAAUUUCACAAUUAUACAAAUUAUCGUCUUCUUAUCAAUCAGGCUUAA